GUUGCUGUUGCUGCAAUGACAGGCCUCCACCGCCAUGCGGCAGCAGCGAGCUGCAGAAACACCGCCGGAUUCUCUGCCUGUCCCUCAUAGCAACAUGUAGCACGCAAGAUAUGGCUAAUGAAAACACGCUUCACUGGAGAGCUGGUUAGCUGCAACUGAAAAGUGCAUAACCCCCGCAAUUACUGAGGUGAUUGAUGGCCUUUGUUCUUCAGUAACCACUUUAUCCUGGUCAGGGUUGUGGUGGAUCUGGCAGGAAUACACACAGGGUGGGAUGCCAGUCCAUUGCAGGACUAGACAGCUGCAGCCCACAUCAGAUGCCAUGGAGUCGUGUGAUGAUGGGGGCCUCAGCGUGGGCUCUUCCUCCGUAGAGGAGAACUACUUCCAGGGCUAUACAUUUACAGACCGUUCACACUCCAGCCGUGUGGUUAAGAGCAUUAUGGACCUGUGUUUGGAGGAUGGUUUGUUUGCAGAUGUCACCAUCACUGUGGAGGGCAGAGAGUUCCACCUGCAUCGCCUGGUGCUUUCGGCCCAAAGCAGCUUCUUCAGGUCCAUGUUCACCUCGAACCUUCGAGAAACUCACGAUCGCCACAUCGAGCUGAAAGACGUCAGCGCAGCUGUCUUCCAGCUGCUGGUGGACUACAUCUACCACGGCACCAUCAAGCUGCAGGUGGAAGACCUGCAAGACACCUACGAAAUGGCUGACAUGUACCAGCUCACGGCCCUCUUUGAGGAGUGCUCCCGCUUCCUCUCGCGAACCGUGGAUGUCAAGAACUGUCUUCAGGUGAUGUGGUUGGCAGACAGACACAGUGACCAGGAGCUCUAUACAGCAGCUAAGCACUGUGCUAAGAUUCAUCUGGUACAGCUGCACCAGACAGAGGAGUUCCUCAACCUCCCUUUACGUCUCCUCAUCGACAUCAUCAAAGAUGGUGUUCCGAGUUCCCAAAAUCCAACUGCAGCAAUCGAGUCUUGGAUAAACCACAACAAAGUUGAACGAGAGGAGUUUGCAGAUGAGCUCUCUGAUAGCCUAAAGGAGAUUGGAGAGAAUGUACACAUCUACCUUAUAGGCAAGGAGGAGACGCGGACACACUCAUUGGCCGUGUCACUUCACUGUGCUGACGAUGAUGCCAUCAGUGUGAGCGGCCAGAAUAGCUUAUGCCAUCAGAUCACUGCAGCCUGCAAGCAUGGAGGCGACCUGUACGUGGUGGGCGGCUCCAUCCCACGGCGGAUGUGGAAGUGUAAUAUGCGCACAAUGGAUUGGGAGCGGUGUGCGCCGCUGCCUCGUGACCGCCUGCACCACGCGUUGGUGUCCGUAGCCUCCGAGGAUGCCAUCUACUCACUCGGGGGCAAGACGCUUCAGGACACACUGUCCAACGGCGUCGUCUACUACACAGUGCGUGCCAACACAUGGACAGAGACCAGCCAGCUGGACACAGCUGUGUCCGGCGCCGCAGGGGUCCACCUCGACGGCAUCAUCUACCUCCUUGGUGGAGAAGAGAACGACGCCGACUUUUUUACCAGGCCUUCCCGCCUUAUCCAGUGCUUCGACACAGCAACGCAGAAAUGCCGCACCAAGCCGUACGUGCUGCCCUUCGCUGGCCGCAUGCACGCCGCCGCCCACAAGGACCUGAUCUUCGUGGUGGCUGAGGGCGACUCGCUGGUGUGCUACAACCCACUGCUGGACAGCUUCACACGCCUGCGCUUCCCAGAGGUGUGGAGCUGCGUGCCCUCGCUCUGGAAGGUGGCCAGCUGCAACGGCUGUAUUUACGUCUUCCGGGACAAAUGCAAGAAAGGCGAUGCCGACACGCUCAAGCUGAACCCAGCCACGUCCGUCGUGUCAGUUAUCAAAGGGAUUAAAAUCCUUCUCACAAACUGGCAAUUCGUUCUGGCCUGAUGUUUAAGUGCCAUUUACAAGGGGACAUGGGACAUAGUACGUGGAAUAUGUGGAUCAUAUAACAUGUUUGCUGUGAUGCUGAAAAAGUUACAUUUGUAUUUUCACUUGGCAGACGCUUUUAUCCAAGGCGACUUACAAUUGAGCUGAGCAGAUGAAGGUUAAGGGCCUUGCUCAAGGGCCCAGCAGUGACAGUACUGAGAUUCGAACUCAGAACCUUCCGAACAAUAGUCCAGUGCCACCACUGACCCCUGUAUAAUGAUGAUGUAAGACAAACUAACUGCUAGCACAAGGCAGUGUUUAUAUCUUUAACUUUUAUUCAGUGUUAAGAAAAGCCAUGCAAAAUUCUAAUUACCAGCUAAAUCAGCACUUCAGUGGAAUUUAGUUCUACAGUUCAGUGUCUAGUUUCACAAGAACUAUAUUAUGAGCAGUAAAAACAAUCCUUCUUAUAGUUUUAUUACUGACAAUAAGUUGUUGUGACCUGCUCUUAUCAGCUGUCCCGGAGUAAGAGUAGGGACCACUGAUCAUGUCAGUCAUUUUAGUAUAAUCUUUAUUAAGAUGUACAAUGCAAAACUGAUGCUUGGUCAUCAUUCUGACUCCAAAUUGUAAUAAACAAGGGCCCUUUAUUCAGUUAUAACUAUGCUGAGUAAUCUGAAAUGGUUGACAGUCAUAGUGUAUGUCAGUUUUUGUGCAGUCUGCAGUGUUUUAAAGCUCACGUGAACCCUCAGUUAAACAGCUACUGAGUGCAGCAUUACAAAGAUAAGUUAGCUCUAGUCAUCAGGCUGCACGGUCCAAUAUAGGGGUGUCGAACUCCUUUUAGGUAACGGCCCACGUUACACUUAGUCUAAUAUCAAGUGAGCCGGAAAUAAUCCCUUCAGCAGACCAGUAACAGCAGCAGCUCCUCUUAAACGUGUUUAUUUAUCAGCAUUUAUGAUCAUACUGAAUUUCACUACAAAAAAAAAAAACAACUUUAUUUUAUAUUUAUAUUAUCCACACACACACAGUGACUU